AUGGCUACGGAGCCGGGAGCGUUGCCUUGGAGCCCAAAUGCGACCUGUAAUGCCACUAGCAGCAAAGGAGGGCAGGGGUUUUCGCUUUGGGUCUCCCAACACGAUUCACGGGUGAGCGUAUCGUUCGUAUUGGUUCCCGGUUUGCGUUUUCUGGGUCAGCCCAUUCCAGGUAACCCUACGUCGAUGAUCCAGGCUGGAGCGGCUGUCUCAUAUCAACACGUCAACCUCGUGGCAGCUCCUGACUGGGAUGUUGGCCAAGCAGCUGAACGGUUCAACGGCGCCUGGGAACAAUGCCCUGUCAGGCUUGUCAUGCCUGCCGCGCCUGUCAGUUCCGGGUGCCCCCAUCGACUACUCCAUAAUGCGCGGGGGGAUCGCGGCUUCGUGUGCGAUGUUGAAGAUCACUGCGAGCACGGUACACCAGGCGAGCCGGGCCGGCAUCUGGGCUGGCUAAUUUCCACGCCUGAGACCCUGAAUAGGACCCUGAAUAGGACCCUGGUAGAGCGUGGCUUGGACCGGAAAAAACAGCCGUCAAACCGGUGGCCUAAUAAUUACCCAGAGCUAUUCCGUACAGAGAUUGAGGCCACUUUCACGGCAUCUGUCAAGCCUGCCACAAGCAGCAGGACACAGAUAUCGACCGCUUUCCCGAUCCCUGCACAGCUAGACACUAUUCCAUCCAUACAUAUCAGAAACCUAAAUAUAAUUUAUCUUCCCGGUAUACCCGUAAACUCCGUCCACUGCCCUACCGACGUGAAGGCAGAUUUUUGGGGAAUUAUAUUGUGA